UAUUUAUCAGUAGAUAUGCAAAUAUUUAUAAUAUCUCCAAUACUAAUAUUACUAUUGGCAUCAAACGAUAUUAAAAAACAAUAUAUGGGUAUAGCUGUCAAUAUUACAGUUAUCAUUGCCAGUUGGAUCAUCACAGCUGUCAUAACUGUACGCAAUGGACUCACACCUACCGUAUUGAUGACCGUCUAUGAUCUGGAUUACAUAAACAAGAUAUACAUGCAGUCAUAUUGUCGUAUCGGUCCUUAUUGUGUCGGUAUAUUAAUGGCUUAUUUCUACAUUAAAUAUAAAGGAAAGCUCCUAAUUAAGAUGAAACUGAACAUUAUUUUAUGGAUACUGUCACUGACAUUGAACUUAAGCAUAACGUUCCUCACCUACCCGUGGCUAUUAGGCAAAAGUUACCGUAACAUUGAGAGUGUACUAUACGGUACCACACAUCGUACACUGUGGGCAUUGAGCUGGUCAUACAUGUUGUUUGCCUCUACACUGGGUUACGGUUCAGUAGUCAACAAAGUGCUCUCAUGGCCAGCAUUUGUACCAUUGAGUCGACUCUCAUUUCAGGCCUAUUUGUAUCACUCGGUGCUGAUCUCACGGUUCGUGAACAGCGCUCGACAACCAAUGUAUUCAUCAAAAAUUAAUUUGGUCAUGAUGUUUUUCCAAUAUACAGUAUUGACAUUUGUGGUCAGUUAUGUGGCKUACAUUAUGUUUGAAAUACCAAUUGCUAACAUUGAAAAAAUAUUUCGUCAAAAAAGUGUAUCAAAAUUAUUGCCAAUUAGUGACAAUCGCAGAGAUAGCGUAACAAAUGUCAAUAAAAAUAAUAUUAAUAUUAAUAUCGAUGUUUCAAAUGAGGAGGACUUGCAUCACAAUAAUCAGUAUUCAAAUUAUGGAACCAAUUCGUAG